AAAAAGAAAAGAAAGGCUUUACAUGUAUGAAAUUGUCAAAAUGGGACAAAAUUUCAGAUUAAAUGAAAAAAAAUAGAUGAAGCAUUAAACGAAGAAAAAAAAUUACACUAUAAAAACCCUAAACCUCCAUGCCUGAAAAGAACGCUAAAAAAAGAACAAAUAAUCCCUUGUAUUCUAUGCUAUGCACUGUCUUUUCUACUCUCCGCCGUUACUCUUCUUCUUUUCAGCCAGUUUUCUUCCUCGUCUCUAAACCUUCGUCCUCUCCACUCCGCCUCUUAUCCGCCUUGACCAUGGCUUCUUGUCAUCCCAAGGACGAACCCUAUCUCAACCAAGUCAUCGAGAAGCGCAUCAAAAUCUUCCAAUCCCUCCAGUCUCAACAGCAAUCUCAUCUUCAGUCCCUCCCGCACGACCCAAUCAAGAUCACUUUGCCUGAUGGAUCAAUUAAGGAAGGGAAAAAAUGGGUUUCGUCCCCUAUGGAUAUUGCCCAAGGAAUUUCCAAGAGUUUGGCUGCCAAUGCCUUGAUUUCUUCGGUCAAUGGGGUUUUGUGGGAUAUGAAUAGGCCUUUGGAAGAUGACUGUGAGCUUAAGAUUUUCACUUUUGAUAGCGAUGAAGGUCGUGAUACUUUUUGGCACUCUAGCGCUCACAUUCUUGGUCAGUCUCUCGAGAGCAUAUAUGGUUGCAAACUUUGCAUUGGACCUUGUACCACAAGAGGGGAGGGUUUCUAUUAUGAUGCAUUUUAUGCUGACUUGGGCUUGAAUGAGGACCACUUCAAGCAAAUUGAAGCAGGGGCAUUGAAAGCUGUUGCUGAAAAACAACCUUUUGAGCGUAUUGAAGUGACAAGGGAACAGGCCAUUGAGAUUUUUUCUGAAAAUAAUUUUAAGGUUGAGAUCAUCAAUGAUUUGCCUGUAGACAAAACCAUCACAGUAUACAGAUGUGGCCCCCUGGUUGAUCUGUGUCGUGGGCCUCAUAUUCCCAAUACAUCCUUUGUGAAGGCAUUUGCUUGUUUGAAGGCCUCAUCAGCUUACUGGAGGGGGAACAAAGAUCGUGAGAGUUUACAAAGAGUUUAUGGUAUAUCUUAUCCUGACCAGAAACGUUUGAAGGAAUAUAUUCAUCAGCUUGAAGAAGCUAAGAAAUAUGACCAUAGAUUGUUGGGUACAAAGCAGGAACUUUUCUUUUGUCACCCCCUCAGCCCAGGAAGUUGGUUCUUUCUUCCUUAUGGAACUCGAAUUUACAACAAACUAAUGGAAUUUAUACGAAAUGAAUAUUGGAAAAGGGGUUACCAAGAGGUUAAGUCACCAAACAUGUAUAAUAUGAAUCUUUGGGAAACAUCUGGUCAUGCUGCAAAUUAUAAGGAGAAUAUGUUUUUGUUUGAGAUUGAAAAACAAGAGUUUGGACUGAAACCUAUGAAUUGCCCAGGCCACUGUUUAAUGUUUCAGCAUAGAGUUCGUUCUUAUAGAGAACUGCCUCUUCGCCUGGCUGAUUUUGGGGUCUUGCAUCGUAACGAGGCUAGUGGGGCGCUGACUGGGUUAACUCGUGUUAGGAGGUUUCAGCAGGAUGAUGCCCACAUUUUCUGCAGGGAAUCCCAGAUAAAAGAAGAAGUCAAAGGUGUCCUGGAGUUCAUUGAUUAUGCUUACACUGUGUUUGGGUUUACGUAUGAGCUAAAACUAUCUACGAGGCCAGAAAAAUACCUUGGAGAUUUGGCAACUUGGGAGAGAGCUGAAGCUGCUCUUACAGAAGCCUUGAACCUGUCUGGGAAGCCAUGGCAGAUAAAUGAAGGAGAUGGGGCUUUUUAUGGUCCAAAGAUAGAUAUUAGUGUAUCUGAUGCAUUGAAUAGGAAAUUUCAAUGUGCAACAUUACAGCUUGACUUCCAGCUUCCUGAGCGCUUCAAGUUGGAGUACUCAGCGGAGGAUGAAGCCAAGAGGGAGAAACCUGUUAUGAUACACAGAGCUAUCCUGGGGUCUGUUGAGCGUAUGUUUGCUAUAUUAUUGGAGCACUACAAGGGCAAAUGGCCCUUCUGGCUUAGUCCCCGUCAAGCAAUUGUUUGCCCUGUGUCCGAAAAGUCUGAGAAUUAUGCGAUAGAGGUUCAGGAUCGGAUUCAUGAGGCUGGUUAUUAUGUGGACAUUGAUAUGACAGAUCGAAGGAUCCAGAAAAAGGUACGAGAGGCUCAGCUGGCUCAAUACAACUAUAUAUUGGUUGUUGGGGAAGAGGAAUUGGAAACAAAGCAGGUGAGUGUAAGGGUAAGGGAUAAGGCAGAUCUCAGUACAAUGAGCAUAGAAGGUCUACUCCAACACUUCCAGGCUGAAACUGCAGCUUUUCAUUAGGUUGUUAGACUUCCGUUGUUUUGAUUCUAUCAUUUUGCACCCUCUCCUGAUUUGAUUUGGCUGGAAUUUAAGUGGAUAUCUAUCUCAUUAAGGAAAUCAGUUGGGGCGUCGGUUUCCCUAGUGAUACCACUUUGUAAUUAUAUAUAUAUUUACAUUUUUUUUUUUUUUAAUUCUUGAAGGAUAUCAUUAGUGUUAUGAAAGUUGAU